AUGGCUGAACCAUUUUCCCAUAUAGAGUCAGGAACAAUAGAUGCUUCAACUAAACUCGACAAAGAGAAAAAUGUUAAGGACUUCAUUCGCUCACCAUCGUCGCAAAUUGACCCACGUCAGACUAAAGACAUCAGCCUCAUAAAAAAUCCCAAGCAAGAACCAGAAACAGAUUAUUCAUACAACCCCUCGAAAGUGGAUCUCUGUAACAAACCUCACGUAAGCCUUUCAGACAUAUCGCAUGUAUUAACUAGCUCUAAGAGAUCUCGCAAAAAAUUGGAUUUGUCUACUCGUGGUCUUACAAAGUUACCCCCCAAGGGUCUUCUUGACUAUCAGAGACUGGAAGAACUGAAUCUAUCUAACAACCCUUUAAGCAAUUUAGAUAUAUCUUCCUUGGAAUAUCCCUCUUGGUAUAUGUUGAAAAAGUUGGAUUUGUCUGGUUGUGGUCUUACAAAGUUACCCGAGGGUCUUCGUGACUAUCAUAGACUGGAAGAACUGAAUCUAUCUAACAAUCCUCUAAGCAAUUUAGAUAUAUCUCCCUCGGAAUAUUUCCCUUCGUUUAGCUUGAAAAAGUUGGAUUUGUCUGGUUGUGGUCUUACAAAGUUACCCCAGGGUUUUCAUGACUAUCUGGCACUGAAAGAACUGAAUCUAUCUAACAACCCUCUAAGCAAUUUACAUAUAUCUUCUUUGGAAUAUUUACCUUCGUUUAGGUUGAAAAAGUUGGAUUUGUCUGGUUGUGGUCUUACAAAAUUACCCGAGGGUUUUCAUGACUAUCAGGAAAUGGAAGAACUGAAUCUAUCUAACAACCCUCUAAGCAAUUUAGAUAUAUUUUCCUUGGAAUAUUUCCCUUGGUAUAGGUUGAAAAAGUUGGAUUUGUCUGGUUGUGGUCUUACAAAGUUACCCGAGGGUCUUGAUGAGUAUGAUAGACUGGAAGAACUGAAUCUAUCUAACAACCCUCUAAGCAAUUUAGAUAUAUCUCCCUUGGAAUAUUUACCUCCGUAUAGGUUGAAAAAGUUGGAUUUGUCUGGUUGUGGUCUUACAAAGUUACCCGAGGGUCUUCAUGACUAUCAUAGACUGGAAGAACUGAAUCUAUCUAACAACCCUCUAAGCAAUUUAGAUAUAUCUUCCUUGGAAUGUUUACCUCGCUAUGAGUUGAAAAAGUUGGAUUUGUCUGGUUGUGGUCUUACAAAGUUACCUGAUUUCAAAGAAUGCAGCAACCUACAAGAGUUGAAUUUUUCCAGCAAUUCCUUUGACCAUCAAGAUCUAUUAGAAAAACUAAAUAGUGGGAAGGUGUUUAGUUAUUCAGGUCUUCAUCAGAGUGGCAAGAAACUAUUAGAACCCACGGCCAGUGGUUUGGGGUUGUCCGAACGAACCUACAGGAUCAUAUUUGAGGAUGUUGUUUAUAUACAGAGUAGUGGAGGUUAG